CCGGCCGCACCCAGGCUCCCGCGCCCCGGGCCCCCCGAGGCCCCGCGGGGAGGCGGCCCCGGCCGCGCCGCGCCCAUGGCGGUGGCCAGGAGGAUCAAAACUUUGCUGACGGUCAACAUCCUGGUGUUCGUGGGCAUCGUGCUGUUCUCCGUGUACUGCCGCCUGCAGGCCCGCUCCGAGGCGCUGGUGCAGGUCGUGCGCGCCGCCGACCGCCGGGUGCGCAGCCGGCUCACCAAGGCCGGCGCGUUGGCCGAUCGCGAGGCCAUCCUGCAGCGGCUGGACCACCUGGAGGAGGUGGUCUACAACCAGCUUAACGGCCUUGCGAAGCCCAUCGGCCUGGUGGAGGGGCCGGGCGGCCUGGGCCAGGGCGGCAUGGCAGCUGCCCUGCGUGAUGACAGCCAGGAGGCUGAGGGCCGGUACGAGGAGUACGGCUACAACGCCCAGCUCAGUGACCGCAUCUCCCUGGACAGAACCAUCCCUGACUACCGGCCCAAGAGGUGCCGGCAGAUGGCGUACACCGAGGACCUGCCUCAGGUCUCUGUGGUCUUCAUCUUCGUCAACGAGGCCCUGUCCGUCAUCCUGCGCUCGGUGCACAGCGUGGUCAACCACACGCCCUCGCGGCUGCUCAAGGAGGUCAUCCUGGUGGACGAUAACAGCGACAGUGUGGACCUCAAGUUCAGCCUGGACCAGUACGUACGCAGGCGGUACCCAGGGCUGGUCAAGGUGGUGCGCAACAGCCGGCGGGAGGGCCUGAUCCGGGCACGGUUGCAGGGCUGGAAGGCGGCCACCGCCCCUGUCGUCGGCUUCUUUGACGCCCACGUGGAGUUCAACACUGGCUGGGCCGAGCCCGCGCUGGCGCGGAUCCGUGAGGACCGGAGGCGGGUGGUGCUGCCAGCCAUCGACAACAUCAAGCACAGCACGUUCGAGGUGCAGCAGUACGCCAGCGCCGCGCACGGCUACAACUGGGGGCUGUGGUGCAUGUACAUCAUCCCACCGCAGGACUGGCUGGACCGCGGAGACGAGGCUGCACCCAUCAGGACACCCGCCAUGAUCGGCUGCUCAUUCGUGGUGGACCGAGAGUACUUCGGGGACAUCGGCCUGCUGGACCCCGGCAUGGAGGUGUACGGGGCUGAGAAUAUCGAGCUGGGCAUGCGGGUGUGGCAGUGUGGCGGCAGUAUGGAGGUGCUGCCUUGCUCCCGUGUGGCCCACAUCGAGCGUACCAGGAAGCCCUACAACAACGACAUCGAUUACUACGCCAAGCGAAACGCGCUACGGGCCGCCGAGGUGUGGAUGGAUGAGUUCAAGUCCCACGUGUACAUGGCCUGGAACAUCCCCAUGACUAACCCGGGGGUGGACUUCGGGGACGUGUCCGAGAGGCUGGCCCUGCGCCAGAGGCUGAAGUGCCGCAGCUUUCGCUGGUACCUGGAGAACGUGUACCCCGAGAUGAGGGUCUACAACAACACGCUCACGUACGGAGAGGUGAGAAACAGCAAAGCCAGUGGCUACUGCUUGGACCAGGGGGCAGAAGAUGAUGACCGGGCCAUCCUGUACCCAUGCCACGGCAUGUCCUCCCAGCUCGUGCGGUACAGCGCGGAUGGCCUCCUGCAGCUGGGCCCGCUGGGCUCCACCGCCUUCCUGCCCGACUCAAAGUGUCUGGUAGAUGAUGGCCGGGGCCGUACGCCCGCCCUGCGGAGGUGUGAGGAUGUGGUGCGGCCAGCACAGCGGCUCUGGGACUUCACGCAGGGUGGCCCCAUUGUGAGCCGGGACACAGGCCGCUGCCUGGAGGUGGAGGUGUCCAAAGACGCCAACUUCGGGCUGCGUCUGGUGGUGCAGCGGUGCUCAGGGCAGAAGUGGACCAUCCGGAACUGGGUCAAACACGGGCGGCACUGACCUCGCCCGCAAUCCUCUUGCCCCACAGACCCUCGGGGCUGGGCCCCGACUCAGCGCAUGGUCACCGCGCCAGGGGUACAAACCCCAGGGACUGGCAGUGCUGCCAGGGGCCUCCAGGGACGGCGAUCGCGAUGCCAAACACGUGCCUUUCCCGUGGUGUCCCCGACGGGCUGCGUGACAGCACCUUCCUGCAUGUGCUAAGCCCUGUACCUAGCCCACGGGGACAGCACCCAGCUGGCCGAGGAUGAGGACAAGGACGAGGGUGGCCCUGCAGCCAUGCACCAUGCUCCCACCCUGAAGGAGCAGACAAGGAACCCCCUGGCGCCCUGCCACCUGCCCAGCCCAUCAGUGGCGCCUGUGGCCUAGUAGCACAGAGAGGGGAAAGAGCCCCCUCUGUGCCCCAGAAACCCAAAGCUGUGUUGUGGAGGCGCCAACCAGGCCGUGGCCAGAAAGCCAUGGACAAGACCUGUGCCUGCUGGGCUGGGGGCUGCCUGGGAGUGCCUGCCGGGCCGGAGUCAGGGACAGCUGCUGGCCAGGGGUCCCAGCUCUGCCCCCACCCUCAGCCCUGGCUCCGGCUCUUGUUGCUUUCCUCGGCACAGGAGGUCAGGGAAGGAUGUCCAGCCCCUUGCCUGUUUUUUAAAUAAAGUUUUAUUGGCACACGG